CUGAGAUAUUGUAUAUUUCUGUAUAAACACACUGUUUCUUAUAACGAGUAUCCGCCAUGUCGAAUUACUCCCAAAUGGAACAGAGCCAGAUAGGCUCUCAGCCUAUAGCUACAGUCUUGUGUUGUAACUGUGGUGUGCCCAUGGAUGGAUCCCAGGGACUUGUAAUGUGUUACGACUGUAUCAAGUUGACUGUGGAUAUCACCGAAGGAAUUCCACGUGAAGCAAAUGUGUCGUUCUGUAGAAAUUGCGAGCGUUUCUUACAGCCUCCCCAGCAAUGGAUCAGAGCCGAGUUGGAAUCACGAGAGCUUUUGGCACUCUGUUUGAGAAAGUUGAAGGGCUUGAACAAAGUUAGAUUAGUCGACGCUUCAUUUAUAUGGACGGAACCACAUUCCCGUCGUAUCCGAGUCAAGUUAACCGUACAAGGUGAAGCUAUGGCCAACACUAUUGUUCAGCAGACGUUUGAAGUAGAGUAUGUUGUUAUAGCCAUGCAAUGUCCUGACUGUGCCAAGUCGUACACCACCAACACCUGGAAAGCCACUGUUCAGAUCAGACAGAAGGUUCCUCACAAGAGAACGUUCUUGUAUCUCGAACAGUUGAUCUUGAAACACAAUGCCCAUGUAGACACCGUAUCCAUCAAAGAAGCCAAAGAUGGUUUGGAUUUCUUCUAUUCCCAAAAGAACCACGCCGCAAAAAUGUUGGACUUCUUGAGUGCCGUUGCUCCUGUCAAGGCCAAGAAGUCGGAAGAGUUGAUUUCCGUCGAUACCCAGUCUGGAAACUCGCAGUACAAGUUCUCGUACUCUGUGGAGAUCGUACCUAUAUGUCGUGACGACUUGGUAGUUUUGCCCAAGAAGUUGGCCCACUCGCUAGGCAACAUCUCUCGUUUGGUAAUCUGUUCUAAGAUUACCAAUGCAGUGCAAUUUUUGGAUCCUCUCACUUUGCAAACAGCUGACUUAGCUGCUUCUGUCUACUGGAGAAACCCAUUUGCAUCCUUGUUGGAUGUUACGCAGUUGGUAGAGUUUGUAGUGUUAGAUGUGGAGCCUACAGGUGAUGUAAGAGGUAAAAAUGUGUUGGCAGACAUCGAGGUAUGCCGUGCCAAAGACAUGGGAGUCAACGAUCACACUUACUACAUCAGAACCCACCUAGGUGCUAUCUUGCAUCCAGGAGACUCAUGUUUGGGCUACUUCUUGACCAACACCAAUUUCAAUUCCGACUUGUGGGACACAUUAGAUACUGACAAUACUCCGGAAGUAGUUUUGAUCAAGAAGCACUACGCAAGAAAGAACAAGAAGAACAAGUACAGACAAUGGAAGUUGAAGAGAAUGGCCAAGGAACAUAGCGACAUUGUUGCUAACGACGAUUCUAGACAAGCCAGACAAGAACAGGAGAGAGCAGAACGUGACUACGAGAUCUUCUUGCAAGAAUUAGAAGAGGAUGAAGAGUUGAGACAAACCAUUAACUUGUACAAGGCUGGAGCUGCACCUCCUCCUCCACCCUCUCAUGGUGACAUUGAAGAAUUGGAAGAAGAAGAUGAAGAAGCUCCUCAAAUUGGAAUUGACGAGUUGUUGGACGAAUUGGACGAUAUGACCUUGGAAGACCAUCCUAUGGAAUAGUUGCUGAAGCUGUAGAUGGCUAGCUCGUUUCCGCCGAUAGCCGUCCUUAUCUAUGUAUACUAGCCUGCAUGUAAUCAUACACUAUAUCG